AUGCUGAUAAUAGCAAGAGGCAUAGCGGGUGUUGGAGCUGGUGGCGAGUACCCGGUUUCUGGUGCUGGCGCUGCCGAAGCUACCGACGAGAGCGGCAAGUACCGCAAACGACCAUUUAUUGGUGGAUAUCUCUCGGACAAGAUCGGCCGUCGAAAGACGAUGGCAUUGGGCUUCACUUUGCAAGCUAUAUUAGGUUUUGUGCUUGGCGGUGCUGCUGGACCUAUCCAGAAAAUCUUUCCACUGUUUGUAGUCCUAUACGGCAUCUUCCUCACGCUUGGUGAAGUUGGACCCGGGAGCACCGUCGUUCUGACUGCUUCGGAAUGUUUCCCGACGUCUAUCCGGGGACAGAUGAUGGGCUUCGUUUCAGCAUGGUCAAAAGCUGGAGCAGCUAUUGGAACCCAGGUUUUCACUGCCAUUCUCAAUGCUUAUACAGAUGACCCGGAGUAUGGAAAUCGAGUGGCAUUCCUUAUCGGAUCAAGCUUUGCGGUUCUGGGUGCUCUUGUGGCUAUCUUUGUCAUACCCGAAGUGUCAAGACGUCUUGACGACGACGAUGAAGCAUGGAAGAAGUAUCUGGCCGAACAUGGAUGGGAGGCAACUUGGGGUGACAAUGUCACAAAAGACCCGCGUGGUGUGAUGCUGGAUCGAGCGGUAUCGUAG